AACACCCAUUUUUGUAAAUUGAUUUAAGAAUGCCCUGAUUUAUUCGUUCAUUUUCAAAAUUUGAAGUAGUACACCAUUCGUUUGGCUUAAAAGAAAAAUUCAAGUUAUGGCUCAAGCAUUUACAACCACCUACCAAAAAUAUUACCGACAACACCCAAUUGAAAGGCGAAAGUCGCUACGCCCCGUGGACAGGUUUGCUUCGGAAUUACCAGAAGGGGGUAACUGGAUUGUUCAUAAGAAAGUUGGAGAGGAUGAUGAGGGAGAAGUUGGGCUUAAAGCCGCCUUGGCGGCCAUACAUAAAAUGAACAGAGGAAGAUUAUGGACCACGUACCAAAUGGAUUACUGUGGAGACAUGAUCGCCAAAGAGGGAGAGGAUGAGGAGCAAAAACCGACUGGUAAUGCGAUCUUAAUCCAUGGUAAUAAAAUUUACGGUCCAAAAACCCAACAAAUUCCUCCACCACUUCCUAGUGCAAGGCGUAUAUACGGUUACAUUCGUCCAUCCAGAAUGUACUAUCCGAUCACGACGUAUGAGGUCACGCACGGAAAAGUUGGAUACGAUGUCUUACUAGCUAACCAUCAAGCUACUCAAAAAAGGCAAAUGUAACAUAUUUAAAAAAUAUCCAUUUGUAUAAAAACUGGUUGUA